AUGGCCUCGCUUCCGGCUCGCACCGGCAGCAUUUACCAUCUUCCCCCGCUCGCCUUGCCUUCCUGCCCGCACCGCAUUGCCAACGUUGCGGUUUCAGACUUCGGCCUUACCUCGCUCACUCCUCCGACCCCUUGCUUGCCGUUGCGGUCACCUCCAGCCUUGUCCUCUGCCCGCGCUGAGUCGCCGCCGACCCAUGCCGAGCGGUCUUCCAGUUCAGACUCCGCCAAGCCCUUGCUCGCUGCCCGCGUUGACCACGCGACCCUGCCUUGCGAUGCCGAUGUCUCCACGACAUACUCCACCCUCCGCGUUAUUCUCCUCCUCGGCCAUCCCCGCGACCUUCUCCGCUCUUGCUGCGCGGACUGUCUUUGCGGCUCCACAUCAUCCACCCAACCUUCAUGCUCCCUGCCUUACCGCCCAUCCCGGCCGUCGCUACCCACGACCAUCGCGGCCUUAUCUUGUGUUGACCGGCACCUCUUGUGCCCUUAA